AUGUAUCACGAGAUGGCAUUGCUCUCUGGGAAUGCAGAUCCCGAGUUCAGCUCCUACUCCUUCAAUAAACUGGAAAACUUGUGUGAAGUACAAACCAAGAAAGGAUUCUUCUACAAAAAGGCCAAACUCCUGCACCCCGGGGAAGACCUGUGCUGCUUAGCCCGCCUGGACGACCGGACCAGGUUUGUGAUCAUCAACGUAGGUGGUAUUAAAUACAAAGUCCCAUGGACCACCUUGGAGAACUGCCCCUUGACCAGGCUGGGCAAGCUCAAGUCGUGCAGCAAUUACGACGAGAUCAUGAAUGUCUGCGAUGAUUACGAUGUCAGCUGCAACGAGUAUUUUUUUGACCGUAACCCUAGUGCCUUCAGGACCAUCAUGACCUUCCUGACAGCCGGGAAGCUGCGGCUGCUCAGGGAGAUGUGCGCGCUCUCCUUUCAGGAGGAGCUCGUGUACUGGGGCAUAGAAGAGGAUCACCUGGAGUGGUGCUGCAAAAAGAGACUGCACCAGAAAGAGGAGGAGGCGGCCGAGGCCAGGCUGUACGAAGCGGAGAUGGUAUUUAGCGAAACUACGCAAUGUGCCUUCCAGGACAAUAGCCGACUGAAUUUGUGCAUGAGGAAGCUCAGGGACAUGGUGGAGAACCCUCACUCAGGGAUCCCAGGAAAGAUCUUUGCUUGCAUCUCCAUCUCUUUUGUUGCCAUCACUGCGGUCAGCCUCUGCAUCAGCACCAUGCCGGACGUCAGAGAGGAGGAAGAUCGGGGCGAGUGCUCACAGAAGUGCUACGACAUCUUUGUGCUGGAGACGGUGUGCGUGGCGUGGUUUUCCUUUGAGUUCCUGCUGCGCUCCAUCCAGGCAGAGAACAAGUGCGCCUUCCUGAAAACCCCGCUCAACAUCAUCGACAUCCUGGCCAUCCUGCCUUUCUACGUCUCGCUCCUCGUGGACACGGUCUCCACGACGAACAGCAGCAAGCCCGGCGGGGGAGCAGGGAACAAGUACCUGGAGCGCGUGGGGCUGGUGCUGCGCUUCCUGCGCGCCCUGCGCAUCCUGUACGUGAUGAGGCUGGCGCGGCACUCGCUGGGGCUGCAGACGCUGGGGCUCACCGUGCGCCGCUGCACGCGGGAGUUCGGGCUCCUCCUGCUCUUCCUCUGCGUGGCCAUGGCCCUCUUCUCGCCGCUCGUGUACUUGGCCGAGAGCGAACUGGGAGCCAAGCAGGAGUUCACCAGCGUCCCCAGCAGUUACUGGUGGGCCGUGAUCUCCAUGACGACCGUUGGCUACGGGGACAUGGUGCCCCGCAGCAUCCCCGGACAGGUGGUGGCCCUGAGCAGCAUCCUGAGCGGCAUCCUGCUGAUGGCUUUCCCGGUCACGUCCAUCUUUCACACCUUCUCCCGUUCCUACAGCGAGCUGAAGGAGCAGCAGCAGCGGGCAGCGAGCAGGCAGAUGCGCCAGCUGGAAGAGAGCAGCAGCCACUCCCAGACUGCAAGCAAGAGCAGCAGUUAUACUCCCUACUGUCAUUUUCCUCCUCCUUUACCCCUGCUUCAUGGAAUGACCAACCUUUGUCCUUCCAGCUGCCGGGAGGAAAGAGCCCAGGAGCUGCUCCUGCAGACAGACAAGGUGAGGCCACAGACACAGAGUUGCUUCUGCCUCUGCGGCUCAGUCGCCAUCUAG